AAGUCUAAUAAUCUGAAACCCGGCCCACACACGUGCAGAAAAAUUGAACGUAAACAAAGUUGAGAAAUGUUCGUUGUGUUUAUUCCUUCCACAAUCGUAAGAACCAGAGUGCAUGCCAGCUAGUGUCCAGUUUCCACAAUGCAGGUGUGUCAAGCGAACAACGUGAAGGUGUACAAUCUGAGCCUGGGUAAAUCUUUACCGGAAUGGCUGUCUGAUCGGAAAAAAAGAGCUUUACAGAAGUCGGACCGAGAUCUACAGCAUCGGAUCCAACUCAUUCAAGACUUUGAGAUGCCCUCAGUCAGUAACUCUGUACAAAUCACAGCAGAUAGUCAGUUUAUACUUGCAACAGGAACUUACAAGCCAAGGGUCCGAUGUUUUGAGGUCACUCAGCUCUCCAUGAAGUUUGAACGGUGUUUUGACUCGGAAGUUGUCAAGUUUCAUGUCUUGUCUGAAGAUUACUCAAAGAUUGUAUUUCUACAGUGCGAUCGCUAUAUAGAGUUCCAUGCCCGCUAUGGGCGUUACCAUCGGUUACGAAUACCCAAAUUUGGUCGAGAUAUGGCGUACCAUGAGCCCUCUUGUGACCUUUAUGUCGUCGGAUCUAGUCCUGAGGUGUACAGACUGAAUCUAGAGCAAGGUAGAUUCCUGAGUCCCUUUGUGACUGAAGCAAGUGGGAUCAAUGCAUGCACUGUCAACCCAGCACAUCAUUUAUUGGCACUCGGAACACUUGAAGGAAGAGUAGAAUGUUGGGAUCCUCGGAGCAGGCGACAGGCAGCCAUCUUGGAUUGUGCAUUAAGCAGCAUCACCAUGGAAACACAAGUGAAAGGAAUGCCCUCUGUAUCAUCACUCAAAUUCAAGGAUGGUCUACAGAUGGCAGUUGGGACAUCGACUGGACAGGUACUCAUAUAUGACCUCCGCUCCGACAAGCCCUUACUGGUCAAGGAUCAUCACUAUGGAUUACCCAUCAAGGCAGUAGAUUUCCACCCCCAAGCUGGAAUGGUAGUGUCCACAGAUAGCAAGGCUGUCAGGAUAUGGGAUCUGCAGACUUCAAAGGCAUUUACAGCCAUAGAGCCUGAACAUGACAUUAAUGACAUGUGUCUCGUACCAUCAUCUGGACUUAUUCUAACGGCAAAUGAAACACCCAAAUUGGGCGUCUACUUUAUCCCGAGCCUAGGCCCAGCCCCUAAAUGGUGUGCCUUCCUGGAUAAUCUGACCGAAGAGCUAGAAGACAGUACAAACAGCACAAUCUACGACGACUACAAGUUUGUCACCAAAGCGGAACUGGAAAACUUGGGAUUAACUCAUCUGAUUGGAACCGGACUACUCCGAGCCUACAUGCAUGGAUACUUCAUUGAUAUCAGGCUUUAUCACAAGGCCAAGGCUAUUGCUGAUCCCUUUGCUUAUGAGGAGUAUCGUAAGAGUAAGAUCAGACAGAAGAUUGAGGAGGCAAGGGAGAGUCGCGUUAAGCUCAAGAAGCUUCCUAAAGUAAAUGCUGCUCUGGCCUCCAAGCUGCAAGAGCAACAGGAACAAGAUCAGACAUCAAAAGUUAAGAGAGAGAAAAAGGCGGAGGCGGACGGUAUCCUUCAGGACAAUCGUUUCGCUGAUCUGUUCAAGAACCCUGAGUUUGAAGUAGAUGAAUCUAGUGAGGCUUUCCGCAUGUUGCACCCGGUCAUCACAAAACAGCAGAAACAACAGCAGAAGGCCGCCCAGAAACGAGCCAUGUUGCAACAGUUUGAUGAGCUCAAGGGUGAGGAGGAAGAAGAAGGCAGACCAAGUGAAGAUGAAAGCAGCUCCGAUGAUGACGAUCAAUCUUGGCGUCUGGAGCUCAGGAAGCAGCACCAGAUGCUCAGGGAUGAACGGAAAGCACAAGCAGCAGCAGAAAGGAGCGCCCCCAAAUUCUACGAGCUGAAGAAAGGGGAGGAGUUCAGUUCCGAAAAGGGGAUGAGGAAGAUGAGCAAACGACAGAUUGGAACUAGCCUGGCUGCCAGAGUAGCAUUAGAGGAGGAACAGGGAGAAGUCAUACAAGUUGGCUCAUCGCUAGGCAACCAACAGCUAACAUUUUCACUUAAAAAGAGUGCUACGGAAACCAAGUUCAAACAGGACACAGUGGAGCACCACAGGGAGAGAAAGAAACUGAGACGGUCAGCUGGACAUCUUCAGGGCAAAUCAAAAGGAAAACCAUUCAACAGAUGAUACCUAAUGGAGUCAUAAUAUUUAUAGUUUGGAAGGAAGAGCACUGGCACUCAAACAAUACUUUAGGUUUUUUCGCACUUGCCUGUGAUAUGUUUUCACAGAACUCAAGGAAAGUACGGAGUAUACACACAGCAGUGUAUGGUUAAAACCAA